AUGUCAGUAUUUUGGAACGGCCUCGAGUAUUCCACCGUGCAAGUGAACGGUCAGCGAUUCAUCGGUCCUCCGUCGGGCCUGCCGGAGCCACCUUACGAUUGGGAACUGUUCGUAAAGCACCUGCCGAGGAAUUUGUUUGAGCGGGAGCUGAUUCCGCUGUUUUCGACGGCCGGUCCCCUGUACCAGAUUCGGCUGCUGAUGUGUUUCUCCGGAUUGAAUCGGGGCAUUGCGUAUGUACGGUACACGUGUCAGGAGGACUUUCAACGCGCGCUGUGCAUGUUCCAUAAGCUGCAGCUGGGAACGAGAUUCGUGCUUUACGCCUGCCAGAGUUUGAACAUGCGGAAGUUGGUGAUGCUCAAUAUUGAUUCCGGGGUGAAGAGCGAGGCCAUUCGAGGAUUCGUGGAGACUGUCAGUGGAGGGAUUUGCGUGUACAUCGGUGAGCGAAAGUUUCAUCCCGAGAAAAAGUAUACAAUCGUCCAAUUCAAAUGCCACUACGAAACGGCCCUGGCCAGGAGGAAGCUUAUGAUGAUUCUGCCCUUUUUCGGAGACGAUUGCUACAUUAAGUGGUACAACCGGGAGAAAUACCCUAAGAACUGA